AUGCCGAUCACGUUAAAAGAAAACGAUGUUGGUGUCAACCUCGAGAUUGCUGCACCUCCCGGAUGGACCUUUGGCGCAGGUGACACCAUCAUCGGAAAUGUGGUGCGUCGACAGCCCAUCGUGGCCCCCGAAGCCACCGUGCGACUAGAGCUGGUGGGGCGCGUCAAGACCAAAAUCACCGUCAAGCGCGGCAACAACAAUCGCAGCGUGUAUCGCGGUCGAUGGGACCUUCUCGGAGUGACGUCGCAGACCCUCUUUCGCGGCCCGCUUCAUCUGCCAGAAGAGAGCGAUGAAAGCCUCACUUGGCCGUUCGAGGUUACUAUUCCGUCGGGUCCUGCGUCGUCCGUGAUGCUGGGCCAUGAUCAGCAAGAAAGCUUCCUGCCGCUGAAUCAGGAGAGCGUCGCGUAUCAGCCGCUACCGGGGAGCUUCUUCUCGAGUCGGGUCGGCUGGAAUCACACCUCCGAGGGUUUCGUCGAGUAUUAUCUUCAAGCUGAACUGCGGUUUAACCGUGGCGGGUCAUACGACACUCUUAAUGCCACAACUCCUAUCAUCUUGCGCCAACCACCUGCCCCUCUCUUGCUCGACUACGACAUCUUGCAUAGACAGCUGCCAAAAUCGGUGAAGAGCCAGAGACUCCUACCUGGGAUGGAAGAUGCCGAUCUGUCAUUCAAGCAAAAGACACAGAAGCUGUUCGGGUCUUCGAAAGUGCCUGAAUUCCACUUCAUCGUGGAUGUUACAUUCCCGCGCCGAAUACAAUUCGAGAAUCCGGUGCCUAUUCCAUUCGCCAUAGGUAUUAGGCCUGACCCCGAGCGCACAAGCGACAGUAUCCAAGACGUCACAAAGACCAUCCAGUUGAACUGGCUCCGAUUGAAAAUCAAAAGCACGACCAUGGUCACCGCGCCCGGGAACUUCAGUUCAUCGCCUCAUUAUGAUGAUCAAUCUUGUGAUUACCAUCUUGGGCUAGAAAGGCUGUUUUCCAAACUGGAACACCCUGUUGCCUUCACCACUGGGAAGGGCAAUGAGCCAGUCAAUAUUGGCGAUAUGCUUCAACUUGUUCUUCGCCCGGAUGGGUUGUAUGCUCAAGGAGCCCGUCUCGCUCCUGUAUCUGGGAUUCAGCCGGAUUUCGUGACGUAUAAUAUUCGGCGGAGUAAUGCGCUAUCGUGGGAGAUAUCCUUGACCGUGGCGGGAGAACUCCUGACGAUGAAGGGAUCAACUGAGCUGCAAUUGUUAGCGGCCAGUUGA